CGCUAGAAAUAGAGAAAGGAAGCACCUCUUAGUUUGUAUCACCACCACAACAAAAGCACCAAAACAAACAAAGAAACACAGCUAGAGAAAGCAUUUUGUCAAAAUACUUUGAGACCAAAAAUGUCUUCUGAUGAGAUUCAGGGAACCCCAGCCUCCAUGGUAAAAGCUUCGUACUGGUAUCCAGAUGGAGAGACCCCUGAGUCCAUAACUUCGGCCGAAAACAUUCCUUCAGCUCUCUUUACUCAUCUUUUCUGCGCCUACGCCGAUCUAGCGGCUGACACCUACAGAGUUUAUAUCUCCCGAAAGCACGACUACAUGUUUUCCACUUUCACUGACACCGUCAAGAUUGGAAACAAGCAGGUGAAGACCCUCUUGUCGAUCGGCGGAAGAAAUGCAAACAAUUCUGCGUUUGCGUCCAUGGCAAGUAGACAACACUUUCGGGAAAUGUUCAUUGAUUCUUGGAUUAGGAUCGCUAGAUCUUACGGAUUCCAUGGUCUCGAUUUAGCAUGGGAGUACCCAAACAGUGAUGCUGAGAUGAACGACUUUGGGGACCUAGUUAGAGAUUUGCGAGAUGCGGUUGACGCCGAGCACUCGCUCACCAACCGACCAAUUUUGCUGUUGACGGCUGCCGUUUACUACUCCCCGGUUUACAAGAAGUUUACCUACCCAGUUAAAGUGAUGAAAGAUAGCUUGGAUUGGGUUAAUAUCACAGCCUAUGAUUUUUGCGGUCCGUCCAGUACCCUUGGUCUGCCCGCUUGUCUGUAUAAUCCUUGGGAUAAAGAUAUAAAGUUUAUAUCCUACUACAAAUACCUAGUUAUAAAACAUAACUUAAUUAUUUCCUACGAUCCAUAUAUGUGUAUUUUUUGGUCAAACUCGAAUAAAAUUUGGUUGACAGAUCCAUGCGGCGACUCUGGUUUGAAACAGUGGAUUGAGGCCGGACUUCCUGAGAGGAAAACAGUCUUUGGAUUCUCAUACCAUGGCUGGUCCUGGUCCUGGAAUUCCGAAGACGACAAGGAUCACGGUAAUGAUCCUGCAGCCAUCACCCGAGGCCAAGUAGCAGUGACACCUAACGGUUCUGUCAGCUAUAGUAAGAUAAAGGAGUUCAUAAAGGAUUACGGAGCCACAACGGAACAUGACAAGGAAGUGGUCGAAGAUAACUGUUUUUCUAAGGAGACUUUGAUUAGGUACGACGAUACUCAGAGCGUCGUGACGAAAGUGAGAUACAUUAAGAGCAACGAUCUGCUUGGUUACUUUGCCUGGAACGUUGGAGCUGACGAUAACACUCUUCUAUCCACCGCAGCAUCGCAAGCAUGGGAUGCUUCAUAAACAACCAUCGGAGGAGUUCCCAGAACGAAAAAGAUGAAUGCAGAAAUAAAUAAAUAAAUAAAGACGAGUGAAAAAUAAAGACGA